UUUUUUUUAUUUCCGCUGGCAGAGCCCGCGAGUACACACGUACCGGAGCAAGUAAAAACUUUUUGAACAAUUUUUUUAACAGUUUAUCAAAAAGUAUUAAUAAAAGACAUUCGGAAUGUCGAAUCGAGACGUGGUCAUAGUUUCGGCAGCGAGAACCCCGAUAGGAUCUUUUUGUGGAUCACUGUCUUCUUUGAAGGCAUCGGACUUGGGGAGCAUCGUAAUAAAGGAGUGUCUCACCAGGGCAAACUUGAAACCAUCAGAAGUAUCGGAAGUUAUUCUUGGACAGGCAUUAACCGCAGGGCAGGGUCAAAAUCCAGCUCGCCAGGCCUCUAUAAAAGCUGGUCUUCCUAUUACAGUACCGGCAUACCUCAUCAAUCUACUAUGCGGCUCGGGUCUCAAAGCUGUCUUCAAUGGAUACAUGACAAUAAAAAAUGGCGAGGGUGACGUCAUUGUAGCGGGUGGUCAGGAAGUUAUGAGCUCGGCUCCACACGCUAUAUAUUUGAGGAACGGUGUCAGAAUGGGAAAUGCUGGAAUGGUUGAUACCAUGAUUUUCGAUGGUUUGACCGAUGCUUUCACUGAUAUUCACAUGGGAAUUACUGCUGAGAACGUCGCUAAAAAGUUCAACGUCAGUAGAGAAGAUCAGGACAUUUAUGCCGCCGAAUCUCAACGAAGAACCGAAGCUGCUAUUGCCGCGGGAUUCUUCAAGAAAGAAAUAGUUCCUGUUGUCGUUGCUGGCAGGAACGAAUCGAUUACGGUUUCCACGGAUGAAUAUCCAAAACCUGGAACGACUGUCGAAAGUUUGACAAAGUUGCGACUAGCAUUCGUAAAAACCGAUGGUACAGUGACGGCAGGAAAUUCAUCAGGCGUCAACGACGGAGCCGCUGCGGUGGUAUUAAUGUCUGCCGAAUUGGCUGCUCAAAAAGGACUCAAACCCCUUGCUAAGAUUGUUGCAAUAGCUCAAACUGGUAUGGAGCCUGACAUCAUGGGAGUUGGACCAAUAUCAGCUGUUGAAUUACUCUUAAAGAAGGCAAAGUGGUCGAAAGAUGAAGUUGACCUUUUCGAAUUGAACGAAGCAUUUGCGGCACAGUCUUUGGCUUGUCUGAGAGGCCUUGGUCUUGACCCAGCCAAGGUCAACGUAAACGGUGGCGCAAUCGCCCUGGGACAUCCGAUCGGAGCUUCAGGAGCAAGGAUUUUGGUCACCCUUCUCCAUCUGAUGGAGCGAACCGGAGUCAAGAAAGGCGUUGCCUCUCUCUGCAUCGGAGGAGGAAUGGGAAUAGCAAUCGCGAUCGAAAGAUCAUAACGGCAGUUUGAAGUUUUUUAUCGUUAUCGUCGAUCGUCGCUCGUUUUUUUCAAAUAUUGUCUAUUUUCAAAAUAUUACCGAUUCCAAACCUUCUGGUUACAUCUGUGAGAAAAAUUUAUUCAAUUUUUUGCUUUUUUUUUCGAAUUGUGCAUCUUUGUAUGUAGGAAAAACAAUUUUGGAAACAAACAACGGAACUUUGAAAUUAUUAGACACUUUGCCGAGGCAGUGUGAUGAAAAUUUGUCAAACAUUAUUAGAAAACACCAAUUUUAUAUUCAGAAGCUGUCACUAUUCACAAGAAAAAUCUCAAUGACGAAGUAUUUCAAAGUAUUGUCUUGUUGAUUUAUUUAUGAAUCGUAAGGUGAAUUGUUGUAUUACAAACACAGUAUUUUUUGGGAUGCGGUGUCAGUACUAUUUUUAUAUAAAUAUAUAUGCGUAUUUUUAUUAUAUACGAGUAAAAACUCGAAUGUUUAUAUAAAAAUAAAGUCAUUUGAUAUCGAAAA